UGUGCUACAGCUUUUUCUUCAGAUGGAAGAAAAACAAGAUGAUCUGCGUAUGUAUUCAGACCGCGAUCCAAAGGUGCAGUUCUAUGAUCCGGAGUCUCAAACCUCUGAUGGUCUCAUUGAAUUUGAUUUAUCGAGAGCACCAAUUGACGGAAACGUGACCAAAAUAGAGCUCGCCUUCACGGGACACACUCAUCGGCUGUUCUCUAUCCAAAUUACAUCGCCAUAUCGUCCAGGGAUCAGGGUAAAUUCCUUUCAUACAGGACAAGGACACGUGGCUGACGUCACAAAUCUGGCUAUAGAUCAGGUGUUAAAUACAACAUUAGAACUGUAUGUCUCCAUCAGUGAAUCAACUCACCAGAUAAGACAUCUUAAUCCGAUUUUGGCGAUUUUUCUGGACAUAAAUGUCUCUUUAUUGCACAGAGAUCGGCGGAAGCGAUUUGUGCCUAGUAAUAGAAAUUCUACAAUAAAUAUGGAAACAGCUGAAACGCUAAAUUACUGUCGUUUGAAGGAGUGGACAGUAGACUUUAGGGAUUUGGGAUGGUACGGAAAAUUUAUUCAGCAUCCUAUAACAUACCGAGCGAACAUCUGUGCUGGAUAUUGCCCGGUGGCUCCAAUGGAUCCGUAUUUCAACGCCACAAACCAUGUACUCGUAAAGUAUCUCCUGGAGAAGAGACUGUGUUGUUCCCCAAUAGAAUACAUGUCACAGACUUUAAUAUUCGUGAACAACAACAUGACGGCCAUGCAGACGGUUAGAGGGAUGUCGGUGUCACGUUGUGGCUGUCGUUGAACAUCAUUCAAUUGUCCGAGUCAAGCAUGUAAUAUAUGUACGUAUACAUGUAUUUUUCCACGUGACUCGUUAAUUUGAAAUGAGUAUGUCUUUAUGUUGUAAAGAUCUGCUCAUAGUCAGGGCCCAUAACUCCAAAGAAACCCGC